CAUGGUGGAAGCCAUCAAUGGCGCUGCCCACACGCUAAAAGGACUUUUUGACCACUAGAGGACUUUGUCAUUAUCUAUGAGUCAAACCUCUCGGCAGACGCCUAGUGGUAGCAAUGCGCAUUGCAGGUCACCAGGAGCGAAGGUGUUAGUAAUUAACGCCGUUCGCCGUGGAUCAAGGGAACAACAACCAGAGGCUGAACUUCGGACUGUGCUGUUUUUUUUCUCCUGCCCUCCGCAACUUUCGGUCGAAUGACAUAUGGUUCACUAAGAUUAAGAAGAUUUUGAGAUUGUGUUCAGUAUUUCACCAAAAAUAAAUCUACCAGCUAUCAAGUUUGAACCACACAUGGUAAAUGCCUACUGAAGUGAGGGGGUCCUCCUACAGCACCAUACACACGGCGAAAGGAAAACAAGACUGAAGGUGGAAGAACUCAUCCCUUAUUAUUUGAUCUCACAAAAGCCAGAACCUUCACAGUAAACUGACGUUACCGGUAAACUGCGGUUGGAUUAGUGUUUCUCUGCCUGGGAAAAAUGGAUGCUUUUGAGGGUCUCCACAGUGUGCAGCUGUCCUCCUCUCCCCCGCCUGUCUCUGCCUCCAACCCGGGGUAUGAAGUACUAGGAUCAGCCAGAUCUGGUGUCCAGGUGUACUCCAACGCCACGUUCUACGGUAAACCCGGUGUUCUGGAGCAUGCACAGCGGAGAGGGAGAGCCAAAUAUCCCUCCCACCGAGAGGAGACCAACGAGGAGAGGUGUAAGGUUGGAAGGUUGGUAGACCUGGAGCCAGUUCCAAGCCCCAGGGUUGAGGGUGGAGGGCCGGCUGACCCCAGGUCCACCAGGCCCCAGGAGGGAGCUGUUACCCAGGUCCGGAGCCAGAUCAGGGGCAGGGAGGGCAGCAGGCUGGAGGGUGCUACCCAGCUGGAGGGUGCCCGGGGCGGGGAGCAUGAGGACAACGUGUCCCGCCUCCGGAGCUCUUCCCUGGAGAUCAGAGAAAAGGGAUCAGAGAUCCUACGGGAACAACUGGACGCUGCACAGAAGGAGCUGAAGCUGAAGGAUAAGGAGUGUGAGCGUCUGUCGCAGGUCAGAGAUCAGCUGGAGCGGGAGCUGGAGGAGCUCACUGCCAGUCUGUUUGAGGAAGCUCACAGGAUGGUGCAUGAGGCCAACGUGAAACAAGCUGCAGCAGAGAAGCAGCUGAAGGAGGCUCAGGGCAAGAUUGAUGUCCUGCAGGCAGAGGUGUCAGCCCUGAAGACCAUGGUCCUGACCUCCACCCCCUCUUCCCCCAACCGUCAGGCCCACCCUCAGCUCCUCUCCCCGGGCACUAGGUCCAGGGGGGCCAGCCCCCGCCAUGGAGGGGGACACACACGCAACAAAAGCGCCAGCUGGGCCCUGCCAUUGGCCUCUGGUGGGCACUUAGACCCGCCCUCUGUCUCCCUGCAGCCAGUCACAGAGGACAAAGAGCCUGCUGUUCCUGCGCUCCUCUCUCUGAUUUUGUGUCUGGUUCCGGGCCACUCGAUCUCUGUGACCUAUGAACCCUACUGGGCAGAGCAGGGGGAGGGGCCAAGCUCUCUCAGCCGACAGAUGGACAAUGUGCUGUAUGCAGAGUUCCUGACCUGGAGAGACAGACCGAGUCUGGACAGAACGUCAGCCUUCCUGGGCCGUAUCUACAGAGAGGACAUCGGCCCCUGUCUCUCCUUCACCAGAUCUGAGUUGUCUCAGUCGGUACAGAGUGCCGUGGAGAACAACUCGCUGACCAUCGAACCAGUGGCCAUGUCAGCUUUACCCAUGGUCAAAGCCAACGCCAUAGAGUGUGGCGGGCCCAAUGGCCCGAGAGCAGCAGUAUUGACGAAGUGUGCGUUGAGCGGCGUGUCCCGGUCCUGUAAGCAUCGCAUCAAACUUGGAGACCGAGAGAGUUACUACUACAUCUCUCCCUCCAGCAGGGCACGGGUACCUAGCAACCACAUCACGGCUGCCUGUAAUUUCUUCACCUACAUCCGCUACAUCCAGCAGGGCCUGGUCAGACAUGACGCGGAACAGAUGUUCUGGGAAGUGACACGUCUACGGAGGGAGAUGACUGUGGCCAAGCUGGGCUUCUACCUCACAGACACAGACCAGGGAUAGACGGACGAGGGGAGACGUCGCCAUAGACCUGGGUCAUGUUCAUUAGGGCACACCGUAGCAAAACGUUUCAAAACGUUGUGGAAAGGACCACGUUUUGCAAGCGCUUCCUAUUGGACAAGUUCAGAUAUUACCACGCGUUUAGGGACGCUUUCUUCCGUUUCAUGCCUACUGAACACGACCCUGGGCUAGAAGACAGGAGACCCCAAUCAACUGUACAGAGACAGAGAGCAAAAUCACCAGUAGCCGUUUUACGCUGUCCUGACAACCAAACCCAAACCAAACUGGAAUGGCUUGGUUUGGCUCAGUAGUGUGAAAAGUCCUCAGGAGGACAUGCUGAUUUAUUGAGUAGGGGAGUGAUUUCAAGUGUAAUCUGACAAGGGAAGCAGAAAUGCUACAGUAAAAUGACACUACUAGCUUUGCAAAUUAGAUUAGCUUCGUACGAACCAUCCUGAUCUCGCGAGCUACACGGUAGCGAGAACCAAUGUAAGCUUGUGAGAUCAGUAUGGUUUGUACGAGGCUAGCAGUUAGUGCUAGUUUAUAAAGUACAUAGCACUAUCACAAUAUUAUAGCGCUAUCACAAAGACAUGCAAUGGAUAACAUAUUUCAAUAGGACGGUAGCGUAUUUGUGAAAAUUAAUAAUCAAUAUACCAUAGAAUUUCAGUAUUAGUAUUAUGCAUAAUUGACAAGUGGUUCCACAGCUGAUCUUAGCCGGCCCAGAUGGAAACCUAUAUAUAUAUAUAUAUAUACUGCAACACGUCUUCCACAGAAACACUAAUAUGGGCUGAAUCUUAACAGGAGAAGUACUCACACAGAUCUUUUAAGUUGGGGUUCUGACCGUAGAGAACUAUGCUGCUCGCUUUUCAUUCAAACAGCGGUCCUAUAGUACUGGCAUACCACUCCUACUUUUUUUAUUUUGUCAUUGAGCAAUUAGGGUUAAGUGCCUUGCCCAAGGGCACGUCGACAGAUUUUUCACCUAGUCUGCUCGGGGAUUAGAACCAGCGACCUUUCGGUUACUGGCACAACGCCCUUAACCACUAAGCCACCGCUACAUGUCUCCUCUCACCUUAGAACCGGACCACCUAUUACUUAACCUUGAUAAAUUCUUGCACUACGUUGUAAAUGGCUUGCAUGGCUUGUAUAGGAAAGACACCUGGACUUAGAAUGGGUUAUGGAAGGGCAGGAUUCACUCAGCGUGGAUACAAAAUGGCUGCGUUUUGAGUCUGUUUUAGUACUAACCAGAAGAAGUGUGUGUAGCAGGUACACGGUACCUGAAACCUAGUUAGUCAUCUGAAAUAUCUUCACUCUGGAUACUGUGACAGCUUGGCAAGGACUAUCCUAGAAAUUAAGGCUACAGUCAUUUGUUAUUUAACAUGAUGUGAUAAACCAACCGUAGAUGAUUAAGCAAUAAUUCGUUUCUCCUCCUUCCUGACACUACCAAUUUUUAUUAACAGCUUUAAAAUAACUAUGUAGUUGGGCGAGAAAACAGCUGUAAAUGAUUGCAUUAUGUUGUUGUGCACAGCCUUUAGUUGUAAUUGCACUGCUGUAAAAUGUUAUUGAAAUUGCACUCCUGUUGUGUAUAAUAAUGAUGUAUAAGCCAUACAUGACCAUGAAAUGUGUAGCUUUGCAUGGAUACGUAGCCAUCGUGAUGUCCAGGUGUGUGUGUGUGUGUAUGUUGAUAUUAGCUAUACCUUGCAUGAAAAUCCUUAUCAAACUAAAUGAAGAAUAUUGAAGUCUGAAA